AUGUGGCCAGAGUUCAGCAGCCAGAGGCCGGCCAGCUCCCACCCACGUAUUAACGCCUCCAGAAGCAAGGCUUCGCUCGCACGGGUGCGCGCGCGCGGGAGCAGGAGAGCAUGGAGCUGAGGCCGCCCUGCGACGACCGUGAGCACGCUCACUAGCUCGCCUCUGCCAUGGCAGCUUCCCUCCUCCUCCCGUCGGCGCAGUGCCGCCUCGCUCCAUAUCCGGCGACGUCGACGAGCGGGAGGGGAGCGUUCUCGCAUUGCACUCUUCGCGCUCGGCAACGGCGCAGGAGGUGGACGUCGGUGGCUGCCGUGCCUCCAAAGCAGAAGCAGAGCAACUUGUCUUGGGCGGGGACCGCUGGGUACGAGGCUGUGGGUGAUGUCAAGGACGCGCUGUACCGAGCUCUGGAAGGCACCAACAGGGGGAUAUUUGGGAUGACCUCCGCUAAGAGGUCGGAGAUCCAUGGUCUGGUGGAGCUGCUCGAGACCCGGAACCCCACGCCGGAGCCCACCGCAGAGCUGCAGGAGAAGGUGGAUGGAUGCUGGAAGCUCAUCUAUAGCACGAUCUCGAUACUGGGGAAAAAGAGGACCAAGCUCGGACUGCGGGAUUUCAUCAGCUUAGGGGAUUUCCUCCAGAUAAUUGAUGUCAAAGAGGAAAAGGCGGUAAAUGUGAUAAAGUUCAGCGCGAGAGCAUUGAAGAUAUUGUCGGGGAAGCUCAUUAUUGAAGCUUCAUACAACGCUACUAGUCAAACAAGAGUGGAUAUCAAGCUUGAAAGUUCAACAAUCACCCCAGAUCAGCUGAUGAAUAUAUUUCAGAAGAACUACGACAUGCUCCUGGACAUAUUUAACCCAGAGGGUUGGCUAGAGAUAACUGUCUUCCUCAAAUUCUGAAUAGAUAUGUCGAUGAAUCCUUGCGGAUUGGAAGAGAUGACAAGGAGAACAUAUUUGUACUAGAGAGAGCAGAUUCAUCAGAAGUUUGACAAACCGGCUAUGCAACUUAUGUGCACAUGUUUAUAAUCUUCUGACAAUUGAGUACGACACACCGAAAAGACAUCCUGCAUAUCCGCAGCACACGUGGUUAUUAACAACUCAGUGCAGACCGUCUCUCUCUCUCUCUCCCCCCUUAAAAGUCUAUACUCUGUUAUUUUCGAAUUUUGAUGAGCAUAGAACAGCAUAUCCGUUCUCUGAAAGGAGUUAUGCAAGCUGGGCAUUUUCUAUCACCCUUUACAUAGAGAAUUGGCUAAUUGACCAACCUUAUGAAGCAAACAGCUGGUGUAUUUUGAAUACGUAUCAUUGUUCAACUAUUCUUCCUUGUAAGACAUGAUCUAAUGAGUGUACAGCUCGAAAACACACGUAUCCAAGUGUUUUAAUUUGUUGUCCUCUGAA